CAUGGGCUCUCAGCAGCAAAUUACUCUCUUUGACUUGCCCAGCAAGGAGCCCAACAGGACGUGGUCUCUGAAUCCAUGGAAGACACGCCUGCUCUUGAACUACAAGGGCCUCGACUACAAGACAGAAUGGCUCCACUAUCCUGACAUUGCACCACGCCUCAAACCACACCUCCCCCCCAACGAAACAGGCACGGCAUACACCAUCCCCGCCAUCCUCUUCCCCGACGGCACAUACAUGAUGGACUCUGCCAAGAUCGCAGCCGCCAUCGAAGAGCGCUACCCUUCUCCCCCCGCCCGCCCCUCGUCCCCCCUCGUCCCUAAAAUCGAACACCUCACCCUCGAAACCAUCACGCCCCUCUUCCCCAUCCUCAUGCACAAGCUCUCGCAAGUCAUCCUGCCCGACAAGGACUACGACUACUGGGUCGGCCGACAUGAGCGCAGGCUGGGCAUGCCGCUCGACGAGUACGAGCGCCAGAACGGUGGCGAAGAGGUCUGGGCGGGGGCUCGGCCGGCGUUGAGCGAGGUGACGCAGCUCUUGAAGGAGAGACAGGCUGAGGGGCCGUUCUUCUUGGGCGGAGAGGUGAGUUAUGCGGAUUUUGUGUGGGUGGGAGCGUUGGUGUUUGUGAAGCGUGUGGAUGAGGCCAUCUUUCGGGAGGUGUUGAGUAGGUCGGGGGCGAGGGAGGUGCAUGAGAGGCUGCUUGAGGCGUGUGAGCCUUGGUUGAAGAGGGAUGACUAUUGA